AGAUGAAACUGGUUUUGUGAACCGAUUAAACUGAUUCAUUGAGAAGAUCCGACUCUGAAAGAAUGAAUCAUUCACAAAACAGACAUUGUUAGAACACGUGGUUUUGUAACCCGGAGAAGCGUCCUCUGUGAAGCUCAGCAAUGGGCAGCGUAUUGGCUGCCAGUGCACCCAGCUCACCUGCACCAGGGCCAGGGGGAGCAGGUUUGGUGUCCGUACCUCCAGGAUUCACGAUGCCCCCCGUCUCACCUGUCUCUGUGCCUGGCAGCUCUUCACCUGGGCGCCAGGAGCCUGAGCCUCUUCUUCCAAACCCCGGUGGCUUUGAAGAGUGCCAUCGCAAGUGCAAAGAGGUGUUUCCUGUGCAGAUGGAGGGUGUCAGACUAACAGUGAGCAAAGCUUUGAGCAACCACUUCCAGGUCAGCCACACAGUGUUGUUAAGCACUCUCGGAGAUUCCAGUUACAGGUUUGGAGCUACUUAUGUGGGGACCAAACAAACAGGACCAGCAGAGGCUUUUCCCGUCAUGGUUGGAGACAUGGACAACACUGGGAGCCUAAAUGCACAGAUUAUUCAUCAGAUCACAGACAGAGUGCGCUCGAAAUUUGCCUUCCAGACUCAGCAGCAGAAGUUUGUGAACUGGCAAGGAGAUGCUGAAUUCAAAGGGGAAGAUUUUACUGCCACUGUGACCUUUGGCAACCCAGACGUCUUGGUUGGUUCUGGAAUUGUUAUAGCUCAUUAUCUCCAGUCUGUCACUCCGUCGCUGGCAUUAGGGGGAGAGCUGGUGUAUCACCGACGGCCCGGAGAGGAGGGAACAGUUGUGUCUCUGGCGGGCCGAUAUACAGGCAGCAACUUUAUGGCCACACUGACACUAGGAGGAGCUGGAGCUCAUGGGUCGUAUUACCACAAAGCCAAUGAUCAGUUGCAGGUUGGCGUGGAGUUUGAAGCGAGCACCCGUACGCAGGACACGAGUGUAUCAUUUGGAUAUCAGCUGGACAUCCCCAAAGCUGACAUGGUCUUUAAAGGUUCUUUAGACAGUAACUGGGUGGUUGGAGCUACGCUUGAAAAGAAGCUGCAGCCUCUGCCUCUGUCACUGGCCCUCUGUGCUUUCCUUAACCAAAGAAAAAACAAGUUCCAGUGUGGGUUCGGCAUCACCAUUGGUUAAACUUACCUUCUUUCUUGGUUAAUGCUGCAGUUUACACACCAGUGCCAUUGCUGGUAAAACGGUAAAGUUUGGAAACACCUGCAUAUACCAUAUGCAUAUAAUAUUUGUUCUAAGUUCCAUGUAUCAGACCACCUUUUUUGUUAUUCUUGUAAUGUAAGCAAAAAGCAAUGAUAAUUACAUACAUACACAUUAUAAAUUCAUUAUAUAUAUAUACCAAGCAACGAUGGUUGUUAAUGGAGUGUAUAUGUGUGUGUGUGUAUAUAUAUAUAUAUAUAUAUAUAUAUAUAUAUAUAUAUAUAUAGAUUCUGGGUUAGUUUACUUUCCCUAGGCGAUGAUCAGGGAUUUUUGUCACGAUUUCAAGCAAGUUGCUGGAUCUCUUUACUCAUAUAGAUACCUAUAUAAAUAAAAAAAAAAAAAAAAAAAAAAAUUGCAUUGUGAGUAUUGUGAAACAUGGAUAAAUGAUUAAAACAAAACAUAUAUCUGUCUAUCAAAAUGAGAUGCAUGUUUAUUAAUGUUUUGUUGGUGUAAUUUUUUUUUUCUAAUGAAUUUGUUGCAUAGUUGAGAGACAAACAAAAAAGUAAAAAAAAAAGAUUAAAUUCAUGUUACAUUCUAUUACGUAAUCCCAAAUCUAUGAUAUUUCCCCACCACAUGCAGUGCCUUCAUAAACACUUUAUAAAUAUGUAUAUUGCGUAUUGCCUAAUAACAUCUGUACACCAAGUAUUAAAAUAGUUUGUGUAUGAUUAAAAGUAUAAAAUACAAGUCUAAUUAGAUAUAUUAAAUGGUUAUAAUAUUGUGUCUGUAGCAAUAUGACUGCUUUACUUACAUUGUCACAGACAAUAAUUUUUUAUUUAUAUAUUUUAACAUUGACCCUGUCUGUUUUUUAAUUUAAUUUUUUUUUGUAUUUUAGUCUUUUAGUUAGGUGAAUACAUGCCAGAACACAAUAUAGAAAAAAAAAAAAAUACUAAAUGGAUUAGUUGUCCCAUGUCCUUCACUUCCUCCUUCUCAGUGAUUGUGUUCAGCUGAUCAGGCUCUUUUAAAUGCAGAUAAGUGUGAGAAAGAGGCCAACGUCCUCUAGGAUACUCUUUAAUACCUGACUCAUCAAUCAUCAUUACAACAACUUUAUGUUAAUACAUGCAGACCGACAUGCAAAGACACAAACCUACCUCUGCACUUUACAGAACUGCAGAUGAAUGAUUGUGUUUUGUCCAUAUGAAAUGUUAUUUCAUUGGGACUAUAUCAAUGCCCAAUUUAAUUUUCUUUUAUCAAACAACACUUUUAUUUAAAAAUAUUAAAAUGUAAUAUUACCUUGUAGUAUGCAUAAUAUAAAACCGACUAAGUUUUCCCUUUCAAUUCUACACUAAUUUUAGUUCAUUAUUAUUAAAAUAGUGACAAUUUUAGAACAGAUGAUUUGAGUAACAGUGGUGUUAAACAGCAUAUUUUCUGCUUUGGAAUGCAGCCUUAAUUUCAAUUGGAUCAAUGUGACCGAAGCUCAGGGGUCAGUUGUCUGUGUUCUCCUCGACCUGACUGAUAAGUGCAGAUGCAAACAGUCUUGAUGACUUGAUGGUAUUUUUGUGUAAUUGGAUGAAUGCCUAGACAAGAUGGUGACUGAUGUACAAUGCUGCUUAAAGUAACCUUUUACCUCACCGACAUACAGCUGAUUUCUUCUUUCAAGUCUGUGUCUCUCAAACAAAUAAACACAUCAGUUUAGAAUAAAAUCAA